GAUGAGCACUGAGCAGUUGACUCGUUCUGAGGUGUUUGGUCAGCUUAGGAGGGAACUCUAUGGAGACAAGCCUUCCAGUCACUCUGACACACACAUCUUUAUCAUACUGGGUGCUUCGGGAGAUCUUGCAAAAAAGAAGAUUUACCCUACAUUAUGGUGGUUGUUCAGGGAUGGCCUGCUCCCAGAGGAGACCUACUUUGUGGGUUUUGCCCGCUCCAAGCUGACUGUAGAAGACAUCAGAUCUGCAUGUCUGCCACAUAUGAAGGUAACAGAUGAGGAGAGUGAAUGUCUCUCAGCCUUCUUUAGUAAGAACUCGUACCAGAGUGGUAGGUAUGAUGACGGCGAUACCUUCUCCCAGCUCAACGCUCAUCUGUCGUCGUUGCCAGGGGGCGCUGAUGCCCACCGACUGUUUUACUUAGCCCUACCACCCAGCGUCUACCACCACGUCACAGCAAACAUCAGCGCCCACUGCAUGGGCACCAGAGGCUGGAACAGGGUCAUUGUGGAGAAGCCAUUUGGACGGGACCUCCAGAGCUCCCAGAAGCUCUCAGCUCACCUGUCUUCACUGUUCACGGAGGACCAGAUCUACCGCAUAGAUCACUACUUGGGCAAGGAGAUGGUGCAAAACCUCAUGGUGCUCAGAUUUGGAAACCGUAUUUUUGGUCCUAUAUGGAACAGAAACAACGUGGGCUGUGUGGUCCUCACCUUCAAAGAACCCUUUGGUACCCAGGGUCGUGGAGGAUAUUUUGAUGACUUUGGUAUCAUUCGAGAUGUCAUGCAGAACCAUCUUCUCCAGAUGCUGUCUUUGGUUGCCAUGGAGAAACCUGCUGCCACCAGUUCAGAUGACUUGAGGGAUGAAAAGGUGAAAGUGUUGAAGUGUAUAGCUCCAGUUGCUGUAUCAGAUGUGGUCCUUGGUCAGUAUGUAGGGGAUCCCGAUGGGGAGGGCCAGUCCAAGUUAGGUUACCUGGAUGACCCCGCCGUGCCCAAAGGCUCCUGCACACCAACAUUCGCUACUGCAGUGCUCUACGUCCAGAACGAAAGAUGGGACGGUGUUCCCUUCAUCCUGCGCUGUGGGAAGGCUCUAAAUGAGCGUAAGGCCGAGGUUCGCCUGCAGUUCACCGACGUGCCGGGGGACAUCUUCAGUAAGCGCUGCCAGAGGAACGAGCUGGUUGUCCGGGUGCAGCCAGAUGAGGCCAUCUACCUGAAGAUGAUGACCAAGAAGCCAGGGGUCUACUUCAGCCCUGAGGAGACCGAGCUGGACCUCACCUAUAAAAGCAGAUACAAGGAUGUGAAGCUCCCAGAUGCGUACGAAAGGCUGAUACUGGACGUCUUCUGUGGCAACCAGAUGCACUUCGUCCGCAGUGAUGAGUUGCGGGAGGCCUGGAGGAUCCUCACCCCGCUGCUCCACCACAUAGAGGGAGAGAGGACGCGCCCCAUCCCUUACAUGUAUGGGAGUCGCGGCCCAAACGAGGCAGACGAGCUCGUCAAGAGGGCGGGAUUCCACUACAAGGGAACAUACAAGUGGGUGAAGCCCCACACUACAUAAGGCAUACACACACACACACACACACACACACACACACGCUUGCAUAGCGGCUCUCGAGAGUGUAUGUUUACAAUGAAGUACACGUCAAUCUUUCACUGCUGUAUCAAUAUUUGAUUUUCACUGCAUGGAACAAAAAAACGCCCACUUCUCUGUGCCCACCAAUCUUAAGAUGUCAAUGGAAAUAAUGAUUGUUGAAAUAAAACAGAAUCAUUUCAGUAUCUUGAUCCUAGUUUUUACCUACAUUCAUACCUGCUAAAUAAAUCAUGUUAC